UGAUUGCUCUAAUUGAGUUCACCUGACGGAGGAGGAACCUGCUCGCUCAUUCAGCUGCAGUUUUCUGUUCCAGCUUCACUCUUAGCUGCUGAUGUGACGUUACAUCUGAAGGUCUUUCAUCAUGUGGGGCGAAAGUUGCAGUCAGCCCUCUGCAGGCGGAGUGAGCAGCAGCGCAGCAGUGGAGUCAAAGAUGUCCGUCCUUCAGAUGCUGCCGUGCUCCGUGUCUCAGCUGCUGUCUGCGUCUAAAGCCGGCAGCGACACGUUUGCACUCGCUGACCUGGAGUUCAACCAGGUGUCUGUCGUGGGCGUGGUCAGAAAAUUGGCUCCCUUUGUGAAAUACAUCCAGUACUGUGUGGACGACAUGACGGGUCCUCCUCUGACCGUCAGGCAGUGGGUGAACACACAGGUCUGCACCCCCCCGGUGGUUGCCACCCCGGGAACUUACGUGAAGGUGAUUGGGAGUCUGCGCAGCUCUACUGGUGAAAGGUCAUUGCAGGCUCAACACAUCCGGGUUAUCACAGACCUGAAUGAGAUCACAUCCCACAUCCUGGAGGUGGUUCAGGCUCACAUGCAGCUUUUCAGAAAGAGAUUCGAUGUGAACAUGAACGUCACUGUUGUCCCACGAGAUGAUUUGUCCUCCAUCCAGAGUCAGGUGUUGCAUGUGAUCAGAGGAGGAUCUGUGCGGGACAUCGGGGUCGGAUACCAGGAGCUGCAGAGCAAGCUGGACUUCCUCAGCUUCAGAGACAUCAGAUCCUCUUUGAUGUCUCUGAUGGAUAAAGGCUUCGUCUUCCACACCAUCGACGAGAACCAUUUCAAGUCCACAGACCAUUAGCAGGAUGAACAUCGCUGUACCCACAGGCUCAUUUAAAGCUCUGUUAGAUGUAGUUAAUUAUGUCGGACUGUAGCCGUCCCAGAGACAGACUCUUCCUGAGUUUAGAGCUGAUAUGUUUGAUUACUUUUUUAGACUGAAUGCACGGAUGAUUUCCUCAGGCUCUUUUUGUUUUGAAAUAUAUAUUAUUUAAGUUAUUUAUGGACUGGAUGUUUGGAUACCCUGCAAAGGCCCUGAUGGCUGUAUAUAAAGAAUUGAGU